GCGGCGCUCGGCGGCGGCACCCGCUCGAGUAGAGCCCGGCGCUCCAGUCCCUUCGGCAAAAGGCUGCUGUGGGCGGGGGCCGCUCCGGCUCUUUCCCAGCUCGGCGGUGGCUGCGGCUCCGGUCUCCAUGUCGGACAACCAGAGCUGGAAUUCCUCCGGCUCCGAGGAGGACCCUGAGACGGAGCUCGGACUGCCUGUUGAGCUCUGCGGGGUGCUCAGCAAGUGGACCAACUACAUUCAUGGAUGGCAGGAUCGAUGGGUAGUUCUGAAAAGCAACACACUCAGUUAUUACAAGUCUGAGGAUGAAACAGAGUAUGGCUGCAGAGGCUCUAUCUGUCUGAGCAAGGCUGAGAUUACACCCCAUGACUUUGAUGAAUGCAGAUUUGAUAUCAGCGUGAAUGAUAGUGUUUGGUACCUCCGGGCUCAGGAUCCAGACCACAGACAACAAUGGGUAGAUGCAAUAGAACAACAUAAGACUGAAUCCGGCUAUGGAUCAGAGUCAAGUUUGCGCCGUCAUGGCUCCAUGGUGUCUCUUGUCUCUGGAGCAAGUGGAUACUCUGCAACAUCCACCUCUUCAUUCAAGAAGGGCCAUAGCUUACGUGAGAAGCUUGCAGAAAUGGAAACCUUUAGAGACAUCUUGUGUAGACAAGUUGAUACUUUACAGAAAUACUUUGAUGCUUGUGCAGAUGCAGUUUCCAAAGACGAACUCCAGAGGGAUAAAGUGGUAGAAGAUGAUGAAGAUGAUUUCCCUACAGUACGUCCUGAUGGAGAUUUUGUACAUAGCAGUAGCAGCAGUAAAGAAAAACUGUUUCCACAUGUGACACCCAAAGGCAUUAAUGGCAUAGACUUUAAAGGAGAAGCUAUAACAUUCAAGGCAACUACUGCUGGAAUCCUUGCUACACUCUCUCAUUGUAUUGAACUCAUGGUAAAACGUGAAGAAAGCUGGCAAAAAAGGCUAGAUAAGGAGACAGAGAAAAGGAGAAGAAUUGAAGAAGCAUACAAAAAUGCUGUGACAGAACUGAAGAAGAAGUCCCACUUUGGGGGGCCAGACUAUGAGGAGGGUCCUAAUAGUCUGAUUAAUGAAGAAGAAUUCUUUGAUGCUGUUGAAGCUGCUCUUGACAGACAGGAUAAAAUGGAAGAACAGUCCCAAAGCGAAAAGGUUAGAUUACACUGGCCAACAUCCUUACCUUCUGGAGAUGCAUAUUCUGCUGUGGGGACUCAUCGAUUUGUGCAAACGCCCUAUAGUCGCUCUUCCUCCAUGUCUUCCAUUGAUCUAGUCAGUGCCUCUGAUGAUGUUCACAGAUUCAGCGCCCAGGUGGAAGAGAUGGUACAAAACCACAUGACGUAUUCCUUGCAAGAUGUAGGAGGAGAUGCCAAUUGGCAGCUAGUGGUAGAAGAAGGAGAAAUGAAGGUAUACAGACGAGAAGUGGAAGAGAAUGGAAUAGUUCUAGAUCCUUUGAAAGCAACCCAUGCUGUUAAAGGGGUAACAGGGCAUGAAGUUUGCCACUACUUCUGGAAUGUUGAUGUUCGUAAUGACUGGGAAACAACAAUUGAAAAUUUCCAUGUCGUGGAAAAUUUAGCUGAUAACGCAAUCAUCAUUUACCAGACACAUAAGAGAGUGUGGCCAGCCUCUCAAAGGGAUGUGCUGUAUUUGUCUGCCAUCAGAAAGAUACCAGCAUUCAGUGAAAAUGAUCCGGAAACAUGGAUUGUGUGCAAUUUCUCUGUAGAACAUGACAGUGCUCCUCUGAACAAUCGCUGUGUCCGUGCCAAAAUAAAUAUUGCAAUGAUUUGUCAGACUUUAGUAAGCCCACCAGAGGGCAACAAGGAAAUAAGCAGGGACAACAUUCUGUGCAAGAUUACAUAUGUAGCUAAUGUGAACCCGGGAGGAUGGGCACCAGCAUCAGUGUUACGGGCAGUGGCUAAACGAGAAUAUCCAAAGUUUUUAAAGCGUUUUACAUCGUAUGUGCAAGAGAAAACAGCAGGAAAGCCUAUUCUAUUCUAGUACUAGCAGCAAUCAGAACAAGACUGGGUGAGCAUUCCACACUGGAGAAGUGACCAUGCAUAGAGCACUCCACGCUGGAACGAAGGAUCUACAGUCUUUUUAUGGCCCAGGUUCUAGGCUUUAUAUACUGAAGUGAAGAAGUGUUGCAACACCAUGGGGCUGAAUAUUUAACAAUAGCUCUCUCCUGCUAACUUUCUUGCUGAGUCAGUGUGUAAUUAUAAAUACAUGUAUUGAUAACA